AUGGUGUUGUUACUACAGGGUUUCGUAGUCAGUCUAUUUAUGGGCGGAAACGCUGUAUUGUUCAACUUCAUCGCUCCGUAUGUUUUCACCACGGUUAAUACCUCAGUAGUAUUCCCAUGCGUGAUGAUGGUAACGACAAUGGGUGUUUCUAUCUUCCAACCCUUCUUAAACAUCUUUUUUAACAAGUCGAUCGGUGGUGCGGUUGUGAGGAUUAUAACGGGCAGGCCCCCGAAAAAGUCUUCUAUUGCUGUCACAACUACGUCGGCUCGGGCGAUUGUCGCCAUCAAAAAA